GCGGGCGGCGCGGUGCGCGACCCCGGGGGCCGCUGGAGCGCCGGCUGCGCAGAGACGCGCCUGCGCAACUACGCGCUGCGCGUGCGGCGCGGCUACCGCUUCUCCGCGCUCGACUGCAUGCUGUGCGACUCGCUGCGCGGGCCCUUUGUCGCCCGCACCAGCCUGCUGCGCGAGGUGGCGCUGGACGAGCGGCUGCCGGCGGCCGUGCUGUGGGAGGACUGGUUCCUGCGCGUGAAGCGGCGCGGGGCGGUCGCGGCCGCCUGCCCGGACGCGCUCUUCUUCGCGGGGGGCGGCGCCGAGGGCGGCGCCGAGGGCGCGGGGGCGGGGGCGGGCCGCGACGCGUGGCGCCGCCUGGCCGCCGCCUGGCAAGUGGACACCGUGCUCCUGCCCGGCCGCGCGCCCCUGCGCUUCUCCUGCGACGAGGCGCGCCUCUCGUGCGACUUCCGCCAGCUGCACAGGCAGGGCCUGCUCGUCCCCACCUGCUGCCUGCGGGAGGUGGCGCGCGCGCUGGCUGCCUACGAAGACUUCGCGACGCGCCACAACCUCGAGUACGAAUUGAACGAGGGCACGGCGCUGGGUGCAGCCAAGCUGCGCAGUGUCUUGCCGUGGGACAUCGACGGCGACAUCCUCAUUCGCUUUGAUGACUUUGAAAUCCACAAGGCCAAGAAGCACGAAAUGGCCGAGCUGGGCUACUCCUUUGAACGGUUCACCGAGAAAGACGGUUUGCCUAAA